UUUUCGCUUGUCUGUCAUAGACAAGCUGCUGCCAUUUUGCUUUCAAACGCGAAAGAUUUUUAUAAAAAUAACGUCGUAAAUCAAGGUGUGCAGGCUUAUUACUAGUGCUGCAGUCGAAGUUUAUUGAAACAAGUGAUAGACUGCAGAGAAAAUGGCAGCAAGCGAUUCCGGGACGGAUGAGUCAUUGUACCCCAUUGCGGUGUUGAUAGACGAACUCAAAAACGAGGACGUACAACUACGAUUGAACUCCAUCAAGAAAUUGUCGACCAUUGCUUUGGCUCUCGGAGUUGAACGCACUCGUUCUGAACUGAUACCUUUUCUUACCGAUACCAUUUAUGACGAAGAUGAAGUGCUUUUGGCUUUGGCCGAACAACUCGGUAACUUCAUCAACCUUGUGGGAGGAGGUGAAUUUGCCCACUGCCUACUGCCACCGCUGGAGUCUCUAGCUACAGUAGAAGAGACCGUGGUUAGAGAUAAGGCGGUAGCCUCACUGCGUGCUGUUGCAGCUCAUCACACUCCUCAGGCUUUGGAGCAGCAUUUUGUACCAUUAGUGCAACGCUUAGCUGGUGGGGACUGGUUUACUUCCAGAGCCUCUGCAUGUGGACUGUUCAGUGUGUGUUAUACCCGCGUCUCCGCACCUGUGAAGGCAGAACUCCGCCAGCAUUUCCGCUCGCUGUGCCAGGAUGACACACCCAUGGUGCGCCGCGCUGCUGCAUACAAGCUGGGAGAGUUUGCACGAGUUGUGGAAGUGGAGUACGUGAAGAGUGAUCUCAUCCCUAUGUUUGUUUAUUUGGCACAGGAUGAACAAGACUCAGUGCGUCUGCUGGCGGCAGAAGCUUGCGCUACUGUAGCCGCACUUCUUCCCCCAGAAGACAUGGAGCAGCUGGUGAUGCCCACUGUGCGAGCUCGUGCAGGAGACACCUCCUGGAGGGUGCGGUACAUGGUGGCUGACAAGUUUGUGGAGCUGCAACAAGCAGUAGGUCCCGAGCUGGCUCGCUCCGACCUCGCACAGAUAUUCCAAGGUCUGCUGAAAGACACAGAAGCUGAAGUGAGGGCUGCAGCUGCUGGCAAAGUUAAAGAUUUCUGUAUGAACUUAGACAAGGCUCACCAGGAGCACAUUAUAAUGACAAUGAUCUUGCCUCAAAUCAAAGAUCUAGUUUGUGAUCCAAACCAGCACGUCAAGUCUGCUCUGGCUUCAGUCAUCAUGGGCCUCAGUCCUAUCGUCGGCAGACACAAUACUAUUGAAUACCUCCUGCCUCUAUUCCUCACACAACUCAAAGAUGAAUGCCCCGAAGUCCGACUGAACAUCAUCUCAAACUUGGAAUGUGUCAACGAAGUGAUCGGAAUCCAACAAUUAGUGCAAUCUUUACUCCCAGCUAUCGUAGAACUCGCUGAAGAUACAAAAUGGAGAGUCCGUCUCGCUAUUAUAGAACACAUGCCGUUAUUAGCCGGUCAAUUAGGCCAGGAGUUCUUUGAUGAGAAAUUGACAGGACUCUGCAUGUCUUGGCUCAUUGACCAUGUGUAUGCGAUCCGUGAAGCGGCAACACUCAACUUGAAGAAGUUAGUUGAACAAUAUGGAGCGACCUGGGCUGAGACAAAUGUCAUACCAAAAGUAAUGGCCAUGUCCAGAGAACAGAAUUAUCUUCACCGAAUGACUUAUUUAUUCUGUAUUAACGUGUUGUCUGAAGUUUGUGGCAAAGAUAUCACCACCAGAGUGCUUUUGCCGACCGUCUUGUCUAUGGCCGAUGACAAUGUUGCCAAUGUAAGAUUCAAUGUUGCCAAGACAUUGCAGAAAAUGGCGCCUUAUUUGGAUCCAGCUGUCAUUCAACCUCAAGUGAAGCCUGUUUUGGAGAAGCUGAACGUAGAUCCAGAUGUAGACGUGAAAUACUUCGCAUCUGAGGCGAUUGCUGGAAUCGCUGGCUAGAUUUUAUCACUCAACUUUCUAGUUAAUAUUUAAUCUCUGAAACAUUUAUAUAAAAAUCUAAUUAGUCAAACUGUACAAAAGAUUUCUGUUGUGGGGAUUUCAUUCCAGUGUAUUCGGCUGAUUAUUCUAUUUCUUACAUUAUCUGUAGUUGAUUUAUAAAUUACAGAUUAUGUAAUUAUUUUGUCACGAUUAUGUUUUAAGUUCAUUAUAGAUGGCAUUUAAUCUGCACU